UUGUGCCCAUUCCCUGCAACCACACAACCAAGUCACAGUUUCUUCUUGUAUUCCUUUUCUACUACACCAAUUUCAUCAGAAGGUAUCUUCUUUGCCAAAGUUGAAAUGGGGAUUUCACUAGUGACGUUUGUCGUCUUCCUCAGUUUGGUUCAGGCAUGCCUUGGAGGGAGGAGGCUCACUGCCCUUGUGCAGCAACCCCCUCUUGUUCUGAGUUACCACAGGGGCGCCUUGCUUCGAGGCACCCUCCCCAUCAACGUUGUCUGGUACGGCCAAUUCUCCGGCUCCCAGAGGUCCAUUGUUGGGGAUUUCAUUGCGUCGCUCGGCCAGCAUAAUCAAGAGAAAAGCCCAUCCACUUCGUCAUGGUGGAAGAUCACGGAAGAGUACUUGGCGAAGGCUGGCAAGCCGGGUGCUGCCACGGUUUUGCUCGGGAAGCAAGUGUUGGAUGAGAAGUACUCGUUAGGGAAGUCCCUCAAGAGGACCCAAAUCGGAGACCUGGCUGCCAAAGCUGCGGCUCCCAACAGCAUCACUCUUGUGCUCACAUCCAAGGAUGUUGCGGUGGAGGGCUUCUGUAUGAGCAGCUGUGGCCUCCAUGACUCUGCCCCAUUAGCCAAAGGUUUGAAGGAGAAGUUUGCCUACAUCUGGGUAGGCAACUCUGAGACCCAAUGCCCAGGCCAGUGUGCUUGGCCAUUCCACCAGCCCCUCUAUGGUCCUCAGACGCCACCACUGGUUGCUCCAAACGGUGAUGUGGGCAUUGAUGGAAUGAUUAUCAACAUUGCAAGCCUGUUGGCUGGCACUGUGACCAACCCCUUUGGGAACGGCUACUAUCAGGGACCAGCCGCUGCACCCAUGGAAGCAGCAUCCGCAUGCCCAGGGAUGUAUGGCAAGAACGCAUAUCCUGGAUAUGCCGGAGAGCUGCUGCUGGAUUCAAGCACUGGUGCGAGCUACAAUGCGAAUGGGAUCAAUGGGAGAAAGUAUCUCUUGCCAGCGUUGUGGAAUCCUAAGACCUCAAGCUGUUCGACCCUUGUCUAAUAAAGCCUUUUGCCUGGCAUGGCAUAUGGCGAAGUAUUUGUAGAUAAUGUUACACGGUCGAUUCUUUUGUUCAUCUGUUUGUAAACAGUUUCAGAAUAAGGGAUAUGCUAUUGUGGUUUUGCUCA